UGCAUGGCUGGGUCUCCACCUCCUCCAGGUGCGUAGCUGUGACACUGGCACCAGUAAAACCAGACCACUGGCUCUACAUCAUGCCUGUCAACUCCUAGUAAUCAGCUUCCCAGAUAUGUCGAUGCUUUGUCGAGAUUAUAGUUUGACAUGGUAUGAUUUACAUUACGCGCAAUGAAUGCCACAUUGGGUUUGCUGACGGUUUUGAGUCUGGUGUGCCACACCGAGUCGAGGUGCUCACCGACUUCUUACUACAAGAACUGCUGGAUUCGACGCUUUCCUGGGAUUUUCAUCGAUAUCGAGGAGUCUCAGAGGAGAGGAGCGCAGCUUUUGAAGUAUUACCAGGAGGAGACCGCGCUGAAAUGCAGCCGCACCUGUUGCCUUACGAGAAAUUUUUCCUGUAAUCUGGCGAUAUUUCACUAUGACACCACUCAAGAAAACGUGAACUGCUUCCACCUGCAUUGUCCAACGCUGGAGAGCUGUAUUCUAAGCCACAGAGCCAACGUUGUUCUGUACAAUGUCACAAAAGGUGUGGAUCCUGACUUGUUGGUGUUUGGAAAAUACUUCACCUCCAAUGUACGUGUGUUACCCCACCACUACAGUCGAGUCAACGCCUCAGAGCCGCUGCCCUCAGACAAACGCCAGUUCAUUCAUCCACCUCCACCUGCUGUCCUGCCCCUGACCUCUGCACCCACAAUUAAACCCCCCACCAUGACCACUAGGCUGCAGAGCACCAGUCAGCCUUCAACAGUUCCCACAACUACAGCUACCGUAUCUUCCAAUCCAAAUACUCCACUAGCUUCAGAGAACCAUGUCCAAACAACAAACCCAACCACCUCCACCAAUUCACUUGUACCCAGCUUUCCUUCGUCUUCUUCCUCCACCACAGCAACCACCCUCAGCCCUUACAAUCCCAAGACAACCCCUGCCUUUUUUAUCACAACUGCACAGCCCUCCACAACCCCUACCCAUUAUCUCACCACCACCUCCCCUCAUUUGACCACCAGCCCUCCAACCCCCACAGCCGUUAAGGGGAAUAUAGACAGCAGCAAGCAGUAUCCCAAUAACACCAAUGGCAGCUUGGGGGGGGGGCACACUGCAGGCAGUGGAGACCAGGGUGUCAGUGGAGAGGACACAUUAGGGGGUUUGGGACCUGGGUGGCACGUAGCCGCUCACACCUUGCUGGUUGCAGUGGCCAUCUGUAUCACAGUGCUUCUGAGCUGCUGUUGCUCCAUUCUGCUGGUCGUGAGCUGGAGGGGUCAGAGGAAGAGGAUGGGACGCUACCAAACAUCGUGGAGAGUGAAAAGAGGCUCCAUGCGUCUGAUAAAGUACGUGCUGGUCAGAGAAAACACCUGAAAGUGGGAUGAAAAGUGUGCUGGAAGUAAAAUUUCUCUUUUGUUUACAGCAAUGUUUCUAAAGAAGGGAUCAGGAUGAAGAGACAUUUGACAAAUUAGAGAUUGUUGUUAUAUUUUUGUAAAACAAUAGUUUCUUUAUAUUGUAUUAUUUUAAUAACUAUAUUGUUUGUAUUGCUUUAUUUUAAGCAGAUAUGGAUGAAAAUGAAGUUACUGUCAACUGAUGCAUUUAGGUCACAAUUCUGUAUAUUAAAACCAAACAAGCAGAGGUAUUUUGUGGCUUAGAUCAGAUUACUAAAUACACAGUUACCAUAAUCUUGGUUUCACUUGUGAUGCAAUGACUUUUGACACAUGACCUGAACUCAGCCAAUGCUUUCGACCACAGCACUUUGCCUCAAGAAAGACUUGGCUUCAUCGACUUUAAACUGUCGCUGAAGCCAAACCUCAAGGCCUUUGGCCAGUUGUCUACGCUGGUCUUAAGUUGGACUUAAUGGGUGCUUUCAAGAAAAAAAAAAAAGACAGCUACAAUUCAAGGGUUGUUCAGAUCGUCAACAAUGUGUGAUGAUUGGCUACUUUUUGCCUUGUGGCCUUCUGUGUUUAACCCUCCUGCAGUCCAGCACAUCUCCUCAUUGCAUUGGGUUUCUUCUGACCUAAAAGUGCACGGAUCACAGACCAAAACUCCUUAAGAACUAUGAGGUACUUUUCACCAACCUACUGCUGAAAGCAUCCUUUCACUGGGAUGCCACUCCUUGACCUGAUGGUGACGAGAGUGAGAUGGGAACUGAAGUUGGGCAGGGAACUGACUGAAUGGGGCUUUCAUUACAUUAAAACUUUAACCAUCAUGCACAACUUUCCGACAUCUAAGACAGAACCCUCUUAACAACAGCUUGCAUUAGACUUUUAAUUUUCUAUUAAAGACAGCAUCAUACACAUAAGACAGUAAAUUUCUUUUGGAAAAUAAAUACAUAAGUAAAGACCCUUAAUGUUGUAUAAACUGAUGUAUAUUUGAACAGUAACUCUAGAGUAAUCUCUUGUUUGUGUUACUAGUACGCAGAUGGAGUAUUUAAAAAUAUUUUUGUGGACCCUAUUACAGGUCAUUGCUGCUCUUGGUCACCAUCUUCAUGUAAAUACAUGUGUACAUUAAGCUGUA